CAUUCCACUCCCAAUCUCCGCUUUUUAUCACAGUCGUAGCUACCUUUUCAGUGAGCUUUGUUCUCACUGUCUCUCGCUUGUUUGUUUUCUUCACUCUUCUUCGUUGCGCUUAAGAGCGCUGCAGCUCGCUCUGCUCGUUCCCCACUCGGCUCUCCUUUGUCAGAGCCGUCAGAAAUGGAGAGAAAACAGGGGUUCUUCUCGGCGCUUAAGGAGGAGGUGGUGAGAGGCCUCUCUCCCGGGAGGUCGAGGGCGAAGAGCCCGGCCAGGAGUGCGUCCCCCAUGUCCAGGCUGCUUCGGCGGAGUAGGAAGCCUCACCACGCCGCGCAGCCGGAGCCGUUGAUCGCGAGAUCCGGGAGCCUGAGGCCGGCGGAGGCCUUGUCGCCGUUGAAGGAGGGGCCCGACGGGACCGACGGAGAAGAUUCGAGGAUGGAGGGGAGGUGGGGCCAGUGGAUGAAGAGGGGACAGCUCUCGCGGGCCCCUUCCGUCUCCUGCUCUGCUGCCUACAAACGCUCGGAUCUGAGGCUCUUGCUCGGAGUCUUGGGUGCGCCGCUCGCCCCGGUGCACGUUAGCACGGCCGACCCUUUCCCUCACCUUAGCAUCAAAGACACCCCAAUUGAAAGUUCAUCCGCUCAGUACAUAUUGCAGCAGUACACAGCGGCUUCCGGAGGGCAAAAGCUUCAGAACACCAUCCACAAUGCUUAUGCCAUGGGAAAGGUGAGGAUGAUAGCUUCUGAGUUUGAGACGGCUAACAGGGUAGUAAGGAGCAAGAAUUCAUCCAAAGCUGCGGAAUCGGGUGGGUUUGUCCUGUGGCAGAUGAAUCCAGAUAUGUGGUAUGUGGAGCUUGCACUUGGUGGCAGCAAGGUUCAUGCCGGGUGCAAUGGGAAGCUUGUCUGGAGGCACACACCUUGGCUUGGCGCACAUGCUGCAAAAGGGCCUGUUAGACCCUUGCGCAGAGCGCUUCAGGGACUUGACCCCAGAACCACUGCAAGCAUGUUUACCAAUGCAAGAUGCAUUGGAGAGAAGAAGAUCAAUGGAGAGGAUUGUUUCAUCCUCAAGCUCUGUGCAGAUCCUCUGACAUUGAAAUCCAGGAGUGAAGGACCGGCCGAGAUCAUAAGGCAUGUCUUGUUCGGCUACUUCAGCCAGAAAACGGGGCUUCUUGUCCACUUGGAAGAUUCCCAUUUGACCCGCAUUCAGAACAAUGGGGGCGAUGCUGCAUACUGGGAGACCACAAUCAACUCAUUCCUCGAUGAUUACAGGCCUGUCGAGGGAGUCAUGAUUGCUCACUCGGGGCGUUCAGUGGUAACGCUUUUCAGGUUUGGAGAAACAGCGAUGAGCCACACUAAAACCAGGAUGGAAGAAGCAUGGACAAUCGAGGAAGUGGCUUUCAAUGUCCCCGGGCUUUCGGUAGACUGUUUCAUUCCUCCUGCUGAAUUAAGAUUUGCUUCUGUUAGUGAAGCCUGCGAGCUUCCUCAGGGUGGUCAGAGGGUAAACAGUGCUGUGGCAGCAGCAGCAUAUCGUGCAAAAGUUGCAGCGAUCGAGCAUACUGAUGACUGCGAUGUUAAUGGUAGCAUUUGGAAAACGGAUAUUUAGGAAAGUGGAAAGGUUUGCUGGCAAAUAUCACAGCUACCUCAGUAUUUAGUUUCAACUGACUGACAAAUUAGAAGAUAGUUGGAUAAGGUGUAGUAGCUGGAUUGUUUGUGGAUUCUCGGCAUGGGAACCAGUGCCUCUUCAAAUUUGUAAAUACAGCACAAUCAUUCACAGAUUUUCUCUGAAUGGAGAAUCUUGUUAUGGAGUUGGUGGAUGAUUGAGCCCAGGAGGCAGGGAGGUUUGUUUUUCCCAUUGACUUGUAUACGUGUUCUGAGAAGAUCAGGGCAUCUGAAGAACAUUUUCUCGUCUUGAUUCUUGUAUGAUUUUCUCGAGCGCAGUCAGCGGUGAUGCCUGAAGAUCAUCAAUGUAGGAUUCCUGUAAUAUUUAAAUUCGCGAAGAACAUUUAACAUUAUGCAUGGCCAUGUGAUGAGCGUGAUGAGAGUUUCACUCCAACAAGUUACGGGCUUUUGAA